AAACUCAUUUUUAUAAGGUCCCUUCUAAGAUCUUGCGCAGUGGAAUCGACGGUGAUUGAAUUCAAUUGACGAUCGCCAUUUUUCUUUUCUGUUUUUGCUUCAGCAAUGGCACUGAAUUUCGACUGAAGCCAGAGCUUCGGUGUACAGAUCGAUACUUUUACUGCAGCUGAUUAGCUCCAGUCAUGGCGGCGACCCCCAACUUGGUUUCCUUUAGGGUUCCGUACAAGAACCUCCAGGAUGCAGAAGUGGAGAUGGUGGCUGUGGAUGAACACCAGCUCCAACGGAUCGACCUAAAUUCUCCUCCUUCUGAUAGGUAUCACAGUGGAAGCCCAGAGAGUUCGUCGUCAACGCCUCCKGUUAGAUCUACGCCCAAUAGUUUGUUUMUCUUAAUUCUCAGUUGUACUAUCGCUGCCGGUGUUCAAUUUGGUUGGGCUUUACAGCUUUCCCUACUAACUCCCUAUAUUCAGACACUUGGAAUUGAGCAUGCAUUUUCUUCGUUUAUUUGGCUUUGCGGUCCCAUCACUGGUCUCGUGGUUCAACCAUGUGUCGGUAUAUGGAGUGAUAAGUGUUCUUCAAAAUAUGGAAGGAGGCGUCCCUUUAUUCUUGCUGGAUCUUUAAUGAUAGCAGUUGCGGUGGUGCUGAUUGGAUAUUCUGCUGACAUUGGAUAUUUUCUAGGAGAUAUUUUGUUCAUGGAUGGCUGUUGGUAAUAUCCUAGGUUUUUCAGCAGGAGCUAGUGGAAACUGGCACAAAUGGUUUCCUUUCCUUUUGAGUAAUGCUUGUUGUGAAGCCUGUGGGAACCUUAAAGCAGCAUUUCUUAUUGCUGUAGUGAGUUACUGAYAUGCAUAGAGUUCAAGAUUUUUCAUGAUAUAAAAUUUCGUGUACAUGAUUGUGUCUCUGGGUGCGGGGCCAUGGGAUGCUUUAUUCAAUGGAGGAAACAUUCCUGCAUUUGCUUUGGCUUCGAUAUGUGCGUGUGCUGCUGGAGUUGUUGCAGUUCUUAGAUUGCCUAAACACACCACCAGUUCUUUCAAGUCCACAGGUUUUCAUUUCGGUUGAAGACUGCACCGGAUUGUUUAGACGAACUCGAUCCUGCACACGAUUCCAACAAAACAAAUUCUUGGAGUUGCUCCUAAAAGCCUGGCUUUCCAGCGCCAAUACAUAGAGUAUAUCUUUCUUUAAUCUAUAUAUGAUAUGCUGCAUUCAAUAUUAAUAUUCAUAUUCAUUGAUUUUUUUUAUUACGAGGGUUUCUGUACCAUAGGUAGUGUAAAUGUGUAUGUUCACUUACUAAGAUGAAUAAAGUGGGGAUAAGUUUCGCUUGUUAUUUUAUUUAUGCUUGUAGAAA